GCGCACGACUGCGUGACACAGUGGCCCAGGCCUCAGGGCUGUUUUCUGACCAGUGUUCCCAAGAAUAGGGGUGUCUCCGCGCGAACAACAAGGAGCUACGGACCCAGGACUCGCUAGCGCCAUGGGCAGCAGCUGCCGCAUCGAAUGCAUAUUCUUCAGCGAGUUCCACCCCACGCUGGGACCAAAGAUUACCUAUCAGGUCCCUGAAGACUUCAUCUCCAGGGAGCUGUUUGACACCGUCCAAGUGUACAUCAUCACCAAGCCAGAGCUACAAAACAAGCUCAUCACUGUCCAUGGAAAAGAAGCUGAUCGGCUGCCCUGUGUGCAUUGAGCACAAGAAGUAUAGCCGCAAUGCUCUCCUUUUCAACCUGGGGUUCGUGUGUGAUGCCCAGGCCAAGACCUGUGCCCUGGAGCCCAUUGUUAAAAAGCUGGCUGGCUACCUGACCACACUGGAGGUCUGCAACAUGAUAGGCUUGGGUGUAUGGGCAGGCAAAGUUGGGAAAAGUGUUCCUAUGUCUCCAAAGUCUCCUUGAUCCUGACAGCUAGCUCAGGACCCAGGCAGGGCAUCCAGUUAGUCAGGUGCCCUGGGGUAUACCCACUAUGCUGUCUAUGCUCUGUCCAGCUAGAGAGCAGUUUCGUGUCCACAGAGGAGAGCAAGCAGAAGUUGGUGCCCAUAAUGACCAUCUUACUGGAGGAGCUGAACGCCUCUGGCCGGUGCACUCUACCCAUUGAUGAAUCCAACACCAUCCACUUGAAGGUGAUUGAACAGCGGCCAGACCCUCCUGUGGCCCAAGAGUAUGAUGUACCUGUCUUUACCAAGGACAAGGAGGAUUUCAUCAACUCACAGUGGGACCUCACCACCCAACAGAUCCUGCCAUACAUCGAUGGUUUCCGCCAUGUCCAGAAGAUCUCUGCUGAGGCAGAUGUGGAGCUCAACCUGGUGCGCAUUGCCAUACAGAACCUACUGUACUAUGGUGUUGUGACACUGGUGUCCAUUCUCCAGUACUCCAACGUGUACUGUCCAACACCCAAGGUCCAGGAUCUUGUAGAUGACAAGUCCCUACAGGACGCAUGUCUAUCCUACGUGACCAAGCAAGGGCACAAAAGAGCCAGUCUCCGGGAUGUGUUCCAACUGUACUGCAGCCUGAGCCCUGGUACUACUGUACGAGACCUCAUCGGCCGCCACCCCCAGCAGCUACAGCAUGUUGAUGAACGGAAACUGAUCCAGUUUGGGCUAAUGAAGAAUCUCAUCCGACGACUACAGAAAUAUCCUGUGCGGGUGUCUCGAGAGGAGCGAAGCCACCCUGCCCGGCUUUACACAGGCUGUCACAGCUAUGAUGAGAUCUGCUGCAAGACAGGCAUGAGUUACCAUGAGCUGGAUGAGCGUCUGGAGAAUGACCCCAACAUCAUCAUCUGCUGGAAGUGAAGCUUUCCUGAAUGAUUAUAUUGCUGUGGCUACUCCCUCCUGCUAAACCCACAUAGGGACUAGACAAGUAGACUAGUUCAUAUCCUCUGUAGGUUGACUCUUAGUUCUGUAAAUAAAAUCAUUGACUUCAA